AUGGCCGCCUCAAAAACACGAACAAUAAAAAACAAGCAUGCCGCCCCAAAAGGUGCAUCUUCCAAAGGCGGCAGCAGCAGUGGCAAACGCUCCGCCACGGACGGCAUCUCCAAGUCAAAAAAGCCCAAAGGACCCGUCGUAUCGCAACAACUCAAGGAGAAGAAUCGCGCGGCGCUUCUAAAAAAGCCCAAGAAGAAGGUAUACACGGAGGCGGAACUAGGUAUUCCGACAUUGAAUAUGAUUACGCCUGUUGGCGUUGUAAAGCCCAAGGGGAAGAAGAAGGGCAAGGUCUUUGUGGACGAUGAGGAGAGCAUGGGAACCAUCAUGGCCAUGGUCCAGGCCGAAAAGAAUGGCGAGAUCGAAUCGAAAAUGAUCAAGGCUCGACAGAUGGAGGAGAUCAGAGAGGCGCGCAAGGUUGAGGCCGAGAAGAAGGAGCAGGAGAAGAAAUCGAAGCUGGAAGACGCAAAGGACUCUCUGAGGAAGAAGAGAAAGAGAAAGAGUGGCGGGGAGGACGAGGAUUCGGUCAAGACGCUCUCGUCGGCAGGCUCGAAGGCGACCAAAUCGAAGAAAAAGGUUGCUUUUGCAUGA